AUGCACAUGGAGUUAGCAAGGUGCUCUUUCUGGUGGUUCAAGCUCUUCGCCACAAAGACCUGGUCACUUAUAUUUAUUAUCUUUUCUAUGCAACUUGUAUAUGGGAGCGGAAAGAAGUUCACUCCUUGCGGAGGGAGAGAUUGCUCUGUCUGCCAGUGCUUUCCUGAAAAGGGGUCACGGGGUCACCCGGGACCACCAGGGCCACAGGGGCCUAUUGGACCGCUGGGACUGCCAGGACCCGCUGGGAUUCCAGGAGAGAAAGGGAUGAGAGGGGACGGCGGCCCUCCCGGAGCAGCAGGGGAUAAAGGAGAUAAGGGUCCCACUGGUGUUCCUGGAUUUCCAGGUUUGGAUGGUAUACCUGGGCACCCAGGGCCUCCUGGAUUCAGAGGUAAACCUGGCAUGAAUGGCUACAAUGGCUCAAGAGGUGAUCCAGGGUUUCCAGGAGAAAGAGGAGCUCCUGGCCCAGAAGGACCCCCAGGCUUUCCUGGGGAAAAAGGAGAAAAAGGAAAUUCAGUGUUCAUUUCAGGUGGCAUUAAAGGUAGUCAGGGUGACCCAGGGAACCCAGGACCUCCCGGCUUACCAGGAUUAAGGGGUGCUACAGGACCAGCAGGCCCCAUGGGAUCUGCAGGAGAGCCGGGGUUACCGGGACCUCGAGGACAUCCUGGGAGUCCGGGUGUGAAGGGCAAUCCUGGCAUGGGAGUCAAGGGGCAGAUGGGAGACCCGGGUGAGGUUGGCCAGCAAGGUUUUCCUGGACCGACCCUACUGGUACAGCCACCUGAUUCUUGUCUCUAUAAAGGAGAAAAGGGUGUAAAAGGAAUACCUGGGAUGAUUGGACCUCCAGGACCUCCAGGACCCAAGGGUGUCCCUGGCUCCCAUGGAUCUCCAGGCUUUCCAGGAUUAAAGGGCAAACAAGGACUGUUUGGAACUCCUGGGUCAUUUGGAUUUCCUGGUCCAAAGGGGGAUCCCGGAGACCGCGGGUACCCAGGACCGCCAGGGGUAUUGACGACUCCACCUCUUCCACACAAAGGUCCUCCUGGGGACCCAGGUCUCCCUGGCCGCUUUGGAGAAAAGGGGGCUGUUGGGUUCCCCGGUCCCCCCGGCCCCUCAGGUCAACCAGGGGAAACCUGUCCAGGCAUGAUGGGACUCCCUGGGCCACCAGGCUUACCCGGGCAUCCGGGAGUUCCAGGGGCAGCUGGCCCUCCUGCGAGACCUGAUUCCGCCCCAGGAAAACCAGGGGACCCAGGACCCCCCGGGCUGCCGGGAGCACCAGGACGUCAGGGACCUCCGGGAUCAGAUGUUAUAUAUUGUAGUGUUGGACACCCUGGACCACAAGGACCAAAAGGCAAAAUGGGUCCUCCAGGAAGAAGAGGCUCAAAAGGAGAAAAAGGAAAUGAAGGGCUCUGCGCCUGCAAGCCUGGUCCCAUAGGCUCGCCAGGCCCUCCAGGACUUCCUGGGAGGCAGGGGAGUAAGGGAGACCUGGGGCUCCCUGGGUGGCCUGGAGGAAGAGGUCACCCAGGCCCCCCUGGUGCUGAAGGAUCUCCAGGGCCACCAGGAAAACCUGGUGCCCCAGGACCACCUGGCAACAAAGGAGAAAAGGGAGACAUGGCUGUAUCAAGAGUUAAAGGGCGCAAAGGAGAAAGAGGUCCCGAUGGGCCCCCAGGAUUUCCAGGGCAGCAGGGACAAGAUGGUUGGGAUGGACAUAAUGGAGCAAAUGGGGAUCCAGGACCCCCAGGGGAUCAUGAAGACGCAGGCCCAGGUGAUGAAGGAGCUCCUGGACUGCCAGGCCCUCCUGGAAGAGAAGGACCUAGGGGGCCUCCAGGACUGGGAUUUCCUGGUCCACCGGGAAAAAGGGGGCAGCCAGGAGACCCAGGCUGCCCAGGCGAGAGGGGCCCUGAUGGUGUGAAGGGUCCGAAAGGUGAUACAAUUGCUUGUAACAUCAGCUACCCUGGGAGACCAGGCCCUCCGGGUUUUGAUGGACCUCCAGGUCCAAAAGGAUUUCCAGGUCCUCAGGGUGCUCCUGGGCCUAGGUGUUUUGAUGGGCAAAAAGGUCGGCCUGGCAGACCCGGAAUAUCGAAAAUACCUGGUCCACCUGGUCUCCGUGGUGACCCAGGCGAUCCAGGUUUUGAGGGUGAGAGGGGUGUCUCUCCCGUCGGGCCCCCAGGCUCUCCUGGUCCACCUGGAGCGAGUGGUCAGAAAGGAGUCCCCGGAGACCCUGCGUACGGCCCCCCAGGGUCCCCAGGAAAGAGGGGGUUCACGGGAAUGCCAGGGUUAAAAGGCCUCCGGGGCGACCCAGGACAUCCGGGGCCUGCAGGGUCAGCUGGCAUGCCCGGAUUCCCGGGUCUCAAAGGCCCAAAAGGCAGAGAGGGAAGUGCUGGGUUUCCAGGUGCUCCUGGUCCACCUGGCCAUUCCUGUGAAAGAGGUGCUCCCGGAUCACCAGGGCAACCAGGACUCCCCGGGGCUCCUGGCAGUCCAGGUGCCCCAGGUUGGAAAGGACAGCGAGGAGAUAUGGGCCCUCCUGGACCAGCUGGGAUGAAGGGCCUCCCAGGAGACCCUGGAAGGCCAGGGAGAGAUGGACCACUAGGACCGCCAGGAAUUCCAGGCCCCUUUGGGGAUGACGGGCUACCUGGUCUUCCAGGCCCCAAGGGACCUCAGGGGCUGCCUGGCAAGCCCGGUUUUCCAGGAGAGAGAGGGAAGCCUGGCCCCAAGGGACACCCUGGCAGAAAGGGAGAAGUCGGAGAGAAGGGCUGGCCUGGUGCCCUGGGAGACCAGGGAGCGAGUGGUGCCAAAGGAGAGAGAGGACCCCCAGGAGAUGAAGGAGAAAUGGCUAUAAUUACCAAGAAAGGGAAACCCGGGGAUCCUGGACCUCCUGGAGAUGAUGGAGUCCCAGGAGAAGAAGGUGAUCAAGGCCAUCCUGGGAUGCCAGGGAGAAGAGGGGAGCCAGGAAGACACGGGCCACCGGGGCUUCACAGAGGAGAGCCUGGUAGAGAUGGGCAGCCAGGGCCUUCUGGACCCCCAGGCCCUCCGGGCUCCCCUGGACUCAGAGGGAUCAUUGGUUUUCCGGGAUUUCCAGGUGAUCAGGGUGAUCCAGGUUAUCCAGGGACUCCCGGACUUCCAGGAAUUGAUGGAACAAGAGGACCUAAAGGAAACAAAGGGGAUCCUGCAAAUCAGUUUGGCCCACCCGGUCCAAAGGGUGAGCCAGGCAGUCCUGGAUGUCCAGGGCCUUUGGGAGCUCCCGGAGAGAAGGGCUUGACCGGUGUUCAAGGGCCCAGAGGACCACCAGGAAGACCAGGACUGCCCGGCCUCCCCGGACCAUCAGGGUGUCCAGGUGAUAAAGGGAUGCCUGGGCCAGUAGGACAUCCAGGAGAAACAGGGGACCCUGGACCAAGAGGCCUCAUGGGGUAUCCAGGGAUACCAGGUCUUCCUGGAAUAAAAGGUCCCUCCGGGUUACCUGGCCUGAAUGGCUUGCAUGGUUUAAAGGGUCAGAAAGGAACCAAAGGAGCUUCAGGUUUGAAUGAAACGGGCCCACCUGGCCCGAUGGGAAUGCCUGGGCUGAAAGGAGAGAGAGGUGACCCCGGGAACCCAGGAACUUCUCCUCCAGGCCUUUGUGGAGAUAAAGGCCCCCCAGGCCUCCCAGGGAGACCUGGACCACCUGGUCCUGCAGGUGCCACAGGAGGACCUCCUAAGGGUUAUUUUCCUGACCCCGGUCAGCCUGGAGAUCAAGGACAUCCUGGCCCCAGUGGCCCAAGAGGACCCCCUGGGCCUCCAGGGCCCCCUGGGAGCAUUGACCUUCUGCACGGGGAUCCAGGAGACUGUGGUCUGCCAGGCCCUCCAGGUCCCCGCGGCCCGCCCGGCCCUCCAGGAUCCAAAGGCCUCCCAGGAUGUGAUGGGAACAAUGGCCAGAAAGGACCAGUGGGGUUCCCGGGGCCCCAGGGGCCACAUGGACUUCCAGGGUCACCUGGAGAGAAGGGUGUACCUGGCCCUCCGGGUAGACAAGGGCCCCCUGGGCCUGCAGGUGACAGAGGCGAACCGGGGCCACCUGCAGAUUUGGAUGCCUGCCCCCGAAUCCCGGGGCUUCCUGGGGUACCAGGCCCAAGAGGACCAGAAGGAGCCAUGGGGCCCCCCGGAAGGAGAGGCCCUCCGGGAGCAGGGUGCAAAGGAGAGCCUGGGCUGGAUGGCAGGAGGGGUGAGGAUGGCAUCCCAGGACCGCCUGGGCCUCCGGGACACAAAGGGGACACCGGAGAAGCCGGCUGCCCUGGAGCACCAGGCCCUCCUGGGCCCAUUGGGGAUCCUGGGCCCAAAGGGGUCGGCCCUGGAUACCUCAGUGGCUUCCUCCUGGUUCUCCACAGUCAGACGGAUGGAGAGCCUACCUGUCCCAAGGGCAUGCCCAGGCUCUGGACAGGCUACAGUCUGCUCUACGUGGAAGGACAGGAGAGAGCACACAAUCAGGACCUCGGUCUGGCGGGGUCUUGCCUCCCGGUGUUCAGCACACUGCCCUUCGCCUACUGCAACAUCCACCAAGUGUGCCACUACGCCCGGAGGAACGACAAGUCCUACUGGCUGGCCAGCGCGGCGCCCCUGCCUAUGAUGCCGCUGUCGGAGGAGGACAUCCGCCCCUACAUCAGCCGCUGUGCUGUGUGCGAGGCCCCAGCGCAGGCGGUGGCGCUGCACAGCCAGGACCAGUCCGUGCCCCCGUGCCCGCGGGCCUGGCGGAGCCUCUGGAUCGGGUACUCCUUCCUCAUGCACACAGGUGCUGGGGACCAAGGAGGAGGGCAGGCCCUCAUGUCACCCGGCAGCUGCCUGGAAGAUUUCCGAGCAGCUCCCUUCCUCGAAUGCCAAGGCCGGCAGGGGACUUGCCACUUCUUUGCAAACGAGUACAGCUUCUGGCUGACGGCGGUCAAGCCACACUUGCAGUUUUCCACGGCACCAUCGCCGGAAACCUUAAAGGAGAGCCAGGCCCAGCGCCAGAGAAUCAGCAGGUGUCAGGUCUGCAUGAAGGUCAGCUAG